AUGCUUCAGCUUUGGAAACUUGUUCUCUUAUGCGGUCUGCUCACCGGGACCUCAGCGUCUCUUUUUGGAAAUCUUGGCGACGACCUUUAUAAUAUUGUGAACAAGCUGAAACCUGCUGUUGAGAAAGGACUUGAGACCAUUGACAAUACACUUGAAUCUGUCGUUCAGAAACUGACCGCCAACUUGGGGAAGCUUCAGAAAUCCAAGGCUUGGCUCCUGGCCUAGGAGAAGGUGCAGGAAAUGAGUAACUUGGUGAACGAUGCUCUUUCUAAGAUCACUUCAGCUAAGGAUGAGACUUUGGGGUUGAACAUCAUUAACUACCGCAUCCUGAAAAUCAAAGUUGAACUGACUCCUGAUGGUGAAGUCAUUAACAUAAGAGUCCCCAUCGUCGCUAAUGUCACCCUGGCCCUGCCUGUCAUUGGCCAGGUGGUCAACCUGAAGGCCUCUUUGGACCUCCUGACUGAUGUCAGAGUUGCAACCGAUGCCCAGAGUGCCCCCGGAGUGAUCAUAGGAAAAUGCAGCGGUGAUCCAGACAGCAUCUCACUCACCGUGCCGGACAGCCACAAUACUCUGAUGGAGAAGGCCAUGAACACCGUGAGCAACUUCCUGACAAAGACCGUGUCCCGCCUGGUAGAGAAGGAUAUGAGUCCUCCACUUCUCGGGGCCCAGAGCCAUGCCUGCGGGGGAGGGGAGGCAGGUGCCAGCCCCCUCUUCAAGGCCUUAGACCCUGCAGGGGAUUGUAGGGAAGAGUUUGGGCAGCAGUGUCUGAUGGCUGUGGUCUCGUUCCAGAUCGGUGCCCAGUGUCCCUUGUAG